ACCCACGGACGGACGAUACGUUCAAGUGUUUGAUAGGCCUGGGAGGUAGGGGACGGUUCAAAGGUUUUCCUAUCUUAUCUUGGAUUCAGCCUCCCAUCACUAAGACACAUCACUUUUGUUCAUAAGUUCGAUGGAUCGAAAGUCAGUUUGGGAUCGUCCAUUGUGUAGGGAGCUCCACCCGCAUCCGCUUUGCUCCGCUUGCAAACACUAUCCAGAGGAGUGGUGGAAUCAAUAAAAAUGGAGCUGAACGUAACCGCAGGCUAUCUGCAGCAAAAAUGGGAUCACUUUUUGGACGUUGUUGGAGAUGACCCAGAGCGAUUGUAUGUCUGGGGAAUGUCAUUCUACAUACAUGGUCUCUACUGGGUUUUAGGAUCAUUCUUUGUUUUUGUGGAUUUCUUUCAAUGGCCUUUAUUUUUGCGGAAAUAUAAAAAUCAACCCGGAGUCAAUGAACCCUUGAAAUGGUCCGAUCUUCGCAAGGUACACAUGCUAGGUUCAUUCUGGAAUAGUAAUUAUGUUAUAAUUAAAUUUAUAAUUUCUACUUUUAACUGCUAUUUUAAUUCCGCACAGAUUGUUAAGACGGUAUUGAUCAAUCAAUUUCUUAUCAGCGUGCCGAUUACGUUCUUCGGAUUUCGAGCGUUGCUAGCUGCUGGAGAAAUCAUUAGUGUUCGACAACUACCAACUUUUUUCGAAGUCAUACGUGAUCUCAUCAUCAGUGCCAUCGGCUGGGAGCUUGGGUUUUACUACAGUCAUCGAUUGCUGCAUUGGAAGUAUCUGUACAAACGAAUCCACAAGAAACAUCACGAAUUUACGGCGCCUGUUGCUUGGGCAGCCAUCUAUGCUCAUCCGAUCGAGCACAUCUUCAGCAACCUAUUGCCCCCGCUACUUGGUAUCCAGCUUAUGAGAAGCCAUGUCCUGACGACCGGCUUGUGGUUGACAUUUGUCAUUCAGGACACCAUCACUGGACACUCCGGCUAUCAUGUGCCUUUCUUGACCAGUAACGAGGCCCACGACUAUCAUCACAUGAAAUUCAACCAGUGCUAUGGAGUAUUUGGUUGGCUCGACUGGCUACACGGUUCCGAUGAUCAGUUCAGGGCGUCUCGUUACUAUCAAAGACAUCAAAUGCUCUUUAAUUACAAAUCGGCUCGCGAGAUUGUACCGGAUGAUAAAAAGAUUCGCUGAUUAUGCUGUUUCUUCCAUAAUAUUCCAACUAGUUGUAAAUAAACAAAGCUACCGCAGGCAGUAUACACGAUCAAAUGGCUUAUUGAGGUAAGAAACCGCGGUUAAAGUAUUAGCCGCAGUGAGCAAUCUGAUUGUCUUUAUAAUCGCCGUUUAUUGUUAAAUCAUAAGAAUGUACCGAUACUAUGAUCUGCCGCUGUGCACAAAACCGAAAUUAUAAAACUAUCCACUAAAAUUAGCUAUUACCGGCUUAUUGUGAGGGUAGGAUACGAUUUUAAUAUUUUAAUUAGUACGUACUUAUUAUUACCGACAUGGGCUCUUGAACUGAGAUUUUACAGAUUUUCAAAAAUAUGGAUGUGUCACAGCUUCAAAUUGAUCAAAUGAAAUAAUUCUUAUAAACUGCUGUUAUGUUGUUUGGCCAUUGCCACGUAUAAUCCAUUCUACACGAGUCAGCACACGGCAGCAAAUACCACAAAAUAAGUUGCACGGCACUAAGGCCAACAGACGAGGCAGCAGAGAAGCGGGCUAUGCAAAUCAACUAUUACUGGCUACUCGUGCAUGGAAAGCCUCAUUCAAAAUUUAUGUAUUCAUUAUCUAUCAUUGACCCGCACCUGACGAUGCAGGGACGCUACGUUGCAUCCAAACCAAGGUGCGUUCUCCCACUUCCAUCACCAUCUUCGCGGAUCGCGAGGAAGAUUCACUUUUCUUUUCGCUACUUUCUAUGCGGAAGAUCAAAAUGUAUCCGAUAAAAGUGGUGUGGUGCAUUAACGACCGUGUUUAGCCACUUUUUAUUUUACUGCACAUGUGGUACCCACCC